UGGCAACRCUCAAACACAAAGCAAACGUGAGCUCUAUCCAAAAAAAUAAAUUUGUAGAAGUGUGAGGAAAAGGAUUAAUAUUUUGCRGACAAAAGCUUCUUUGUUUUGUUUGUCGAAUAUAGUUGGAGCAAAGUGUAGUGAUACAAAGGAUCAAAGSCAGGACAUUCACUUUAAAAUCUACAUCGUCUUACUAAACAUCUUGUGUAAAGGGCCACUGUAAAUUUUUGCUUUAACAAUGAAUAAACGAAAUAAUAUUCGUCUACCCCCUGAAGUAAAUCGUCUGUUAUACGUGCGAAAUUUGCCUUAUAAAAUCACAUCGGAUGAAAUGUAUGACAUUUUUGGCAAAUUUGGAGCCAUAAGACAAAUUAGAGUUGGUAACACACCUGAGACGAGAGGAACGGCCUUUGUUGUCUACGAAGAUAUUUUUGACGCCAAGAACGCUUGUGACCAUUUAUCUGGAUUUAAUGUCUGUAAUCGUUAUCUUGUUGUCUUGUACUACCAAUCUAAUAAGGCAUUUAAACGGCUCGAUGUGGAUAAAAAACAAGAAGAGCUUAAUAACAUAAAAUCAAAAUAUAAUCUAAAGACUCCAGAGGCGCCUUAGGUCCAGUCUUUCAGGAGAUUGUGGGAGGGAAUUACCUUAAACUUAAUAUUUCAAAUCGUUUUAACAUUUUUAAUUUAAUUUUGUAAAUUUCUUACAUUAUUUUCUUCUAAAAAAAAA